AUGGAACACAUGGUCAACAUAAGGACCUUCUUCCGCACAGAUCUGGCAGUGGUCAGGGAGGAAGUGUUAGCGGUUACAGACAGGGUCAAGGCGACUGAUAAGGACAUAUCCUCUCUCUCACAACACCAAGCUGGCACAACUGAACAGAGCCAGCCUUUGCAGACCUCACCCACAGCAAUGCAGGUGCAGCUGGACACGCUGGAUAAUGCCCGCUGGCACAACAAUUUAAAAGUCAGAGGCAUAGUGGAAUUUUUUACGGAUGGUGAACUGCCGCACUUCUUCAGACACCUCUUCUCAGCCCUACUGCCCCAACUGCGCAGAAAAAAUUAUCUCAGAGAUAGCACACAUCGUCUCCCUAAGUCCGAAAAGGCACCGCUUGAAGCUCCCCGAGAUGUCCUGCUCCGUGUUCUAAUAUUUCAGGACAAGCUGGCGAUACAGGAGGCACUCAAAUCCAAGACCCCACUUAAGUUGGAGGGCAUGCAACUUACCUUCCUACAGGACUUAUGUAGGGCUACAUUGGAAUGGAGACGCUCCAUCCAGGAAGUCACAACAGUGUUCAGGGAGAUGAAAAUUAGCUACAGAUGGGGACCAUUCCACACUCGCAACAUACCGGCUUAUGGCCUCAGAGACUUCAACCUCAUUCCUUACAGAGCUGGGUCUUAUACAGCACUGGGCCUGCACUCCUGCAACACGUAG